GAAAAGAAAAUAAAAGAAAGCGGUGGCCGUGUUUACUGAAAUUGAGACGAAAAAAUUAUUUUCACGAAAUUUAUUAAAAAAUAUUGCUAAAAGUAUAAAAUAAUUAACUUCAACGCAAAUUAAUAUAAGCAAUAAACAUGGCUGAUGCCGCAGCAAGACAGCUGCAAUAUGAAUAUAAAGCGAAUUCAAAUUUGGUUUUGCAAGCCGAUGUCAGACUUAUCGAACGUCCAAGACGUGAUGAGGCUACCGGUGAGGUUAUGUCCUUAGUGGGCAAAUUAGAUGGCACACGUAUGGGUGAUCGCUAUCAGCGCUCAAAGCCAGAAAAAACAGAGGAACGCAAAGCUAAGCGUCAGAAACGAGAUGAAGCCCAAUAUGAUUUUGAACGCAUGAAGGGAGCUACUUUAUUGUCGGAGGGGAUCGAUGAAAUGGUAGGCAUUGUUUAUCGUCCUAAAACCCAGGAGACACGUCAAACCUAUGAAGUACUAUUAAGUUUCAUACAAGAGGCAUUAGGCGAUCAGCCUAGAGAUAUUUUAUGUGGAGCAGCUGAUGAAAUUUUGGCAGUACUAAAAAAUGAUAAACUCAAAGAUCGUGAACGCAAACGAGAAAUUGAUAGUUUAUUGGGUUCGGUUACAGAUGAAAGAUUUGCUUUACUUGUUAAUUUGGGUAAGAAAAUUACUGAUUUCGGUUCGGAUGCAGUAACGGCUUUAAAUGCUAAUGUAAAUGAAGAACAAAUUGAUGAAGCAUAUGGCAUAAAUGUACAAUUUGAAGAAUCCGAAGAGGAAAGUGAUAACGAUAUGUAUGGUGAGAUUCGUGAUGAAGAUGGUCAGGAAGAAGGCGAAGAAGCUCGCAUUGAUCACACUUUACAUGCUGAAAAUCUACUUGCCGAGGAAUCUGCAAAUGUUAAAAAAGAACGUGGCUUACAUCCGCUUGAUAUUGAUGCCUAUUGGCUGCAACGUUGUCUUAGCAAAUAUUAUAAAGACGCUAUGGUCUCCCAAAGCAAAGCAGCUGAUGUCUUGCGCAUCCUUAAAGAUGCGGCCGACGAAAGAGAUUGUGAAAAUCAAUUAGUGCUGCUGUUGGGCUACGACUGUUUCGAUUUUAUCAAACAGUUAAAGCUUAAUCGACAAAUGAUUUUGUAUUGUACAAUGUUGGCUUCAGCUCAGACCGACAGCGAACGACAACGUAUACGUGAAAAGAUGCGUAACGAUGGUAAAUUGGCUAAAAUUCUCGUACAAUUAGAUACCGGCAAGACAGAAGAUGAGGAGGGCAAUAGUUCGCGUACAAGUAAACUGGAUAAGGCCAGUCAGGAUGAGGCCAAUCAGGGAAUGGCAGGUCAGGUCUCCGGUCAAAGACAACUUCUGGAAUUGGAUGAAUUGUCGUUUACUCAGGGUUCUCACUUUAUGGCCAACAAAAGAUGUCAAUUGCCCGAUGGCUCGUUUCGUAAACAACGUAAAGGCUACGAGGAGGUCCAUGUGCCGGCAUUGAAGCAAGUACCAUUUGAGGAUAAAGAAGAACUUCAACCCAUUGAGAAGUUACCCAAAUAUGUGCAACCAGUAUUUGAAGGUUUCAAAUCGUUAAAUCGCAUACAAUCUAGAUUGUGGCGUUCAGCUCUAGAGUCAGAUGAAAAUAUGCUAUUGUGUGCUCCCACUGGUGCUGGUAAAACUAAUGUGGCCUUGUUGUGUAUGAUGCGUGAAAUAGGCAAACAUAUUAAUGAAGAUGGCACCAUUAAUGCCGAUGAUUUUAAAAUUAUUUAUGUGGCCCCCAUGAAAUCUUUGGUACAAGAAAUGGUGGGUAAUUUUGGCAGAAGAUUGGCUUGCUAUAAUCUUACAGUUUCAGAAUUGACAGGAGAUCAUCAGCUGACUAGAGAACAAAUUGCUGCUACUCAGGUUAUUGUUUGUACUCCCGAAAAAUGGGAUAUUAUAACACGUAAGGGAGGCGAGAAAACAUUUACUUCUUUAGUACGUUUAGUCAUUAUUGAUGAAAUUCAUUUGUUGCACGAUGAAAGAGGACCUGUUCUGGAGGCUUUAGUUGCGCGUACCAUACGCAACAUAGAAGUGACCCAAGAGGAUGUAAGACUUGUAGGUUUAUCUGCCACUUUGCCCAAUUAUCAAGAUGUUUCCACUUUUCUGCGCGUUAAGCCGGACAAGGGUUUGUUUUACUUCGACAACAGCUUCCGUCCUGUGGCUUUAGAACAACAAUAUAUUGGUGUAACGGAAAAGAAGGCUCUAAAAAGAUUUCAGGUGAUGAACGAAAUUGUUUAUGAAAAAACCAUGGAGCAUGCAGGCCGCAAUCAAGUCUUGGUUUUUGUACAUUCACGCAAGGAAACUGGUAAAACGGCUCGUGCUGUACGUGAUAUGUGUUUGGAAAAGGAUACACUGGGCAGUUUUCUACGCGAAGGUUCAGCCAGUAUGGAAGUAUUGAGAACUGAAGCUGAACAGGUGAAAAAUAAUGAAUUAAAAGAACUUUUACCUUAUGGCUUUGCCAUCCAUCAUGCUGGUAUGUCGAGAGUAGAUCGUACUUUGGUGGAGGAUCUUUUUGCUGAUCGUCAUAUACAGGUUUUGGUUUCAACGGCCACUUUAGCCUGGGGUGUUAAUUUGCCCGCUCACACGGUCAUAAUUAAGGGUACUCAAGUUUACAAUCCCGAAAAAGGCAGAUGGGUGGAAUUGUCAGCUUUAGAUGUUUUGCAAAUGUUGGGUCGUGCUGGGCGUCCCCAAUAUGACACCAAAGGUGAAGGUAUUUUGAUUACAAACCACAGUGAAUUGCAAUUCUACUUGUCGCUGCUUAAUCAACAAUUGCCUAUUGAGUCUCAGUUUGUAUCCAAGUUGCCGGAUAUGUUGAAUGCUGAAAUUGUUCUGGGCACAGUACAGAAUGUGAAAGAUGCUGUCAAUUGGCUGGGAUACACUUAUCUUUACAUAAGAAUGCUAAGGAAUCCCUUGUUGUACGGUGUAGGACAUGAUGCUUUGAAAGAAGAUCCUUUGUUAGAGCAAAGAAGAGCUGAUUUAAUACAUACUGCAGCUUUACAUUUGGAUCGCAGUGGCUUAGUUAAAUACGACCGUAAAUCCGGCCAAUUCCAGGUUACCGCCUUGGGUCGUAUUGCUUCCCACUACUACUGUACACAUGAAACCAUGAUGACCUACAAUCAAUUGCUUAAGCAAACCUUAUCGGAAAUUGAAUUGUUUAGAGUGUUUUCGCUGUCCUCAGAAUUCAAACAUAUUGCAGUUAGAGAAGAGGAAAAAUUAGAAUUACAAAAGUUAAUGGAACGUGUACCCAUACCCAUUAAGGAGUCCAUGGAAGAACAUAGUGCUAAAGUCAAUGUACUGUUGCAAGCCUAUAUAUCCCAAUUGAAAUUGGAGGGCUUUGCUUUAAUGUCGGACAUGGUGUUUAUAACGCAAUCCGCCUCCCGUUUAAUGAGAGCCAUUUUCGAAAUUGUACUACAUCGGGGCUGGGCCCAAUUGGCCGAUAAAUGUUUGACCUUGUGCAAAAUGAUUGAUCGAAGAAUGUGGCAAUCCAUGACACCUUUAAGACAGUUCAAAAAGAUGCCCGACGAAAUAGCCAAAAAGUUGGAGAAGAAAAACUUUCCCUGGGAGCGUUUAUACGAUUUGGAGCCUCAUGAGAUAGGAGAAUUAAUACGAGUGCCCAAAUUGGGUAAAACAAUACAUAAAUUUGUACAUCAGUUCCCGAAAUUGGAAUUAUCCACACACAUACAACCCAUAACUCGUUCCACUUUAAGAGUAGAAUUGACUAUUACACCAGAUUACCAAUGGGACGAAAAGGUUCAUGGUCAAUCGGAGGGUUUUUGGAUUAUGGUGGAAGAUGUGGACUCGGAAAUUAUUUUACAUCAUGAAUUCUUCUUGCUUAAGGAAAAAUAUUGCCAAGAUGAACAUCAACUGAAAUUCUUUGUGCCCGUUUUCGAGCCUUUGCCUCCUCAGUAUUUUUUGAGAAUCGUAUCAGACAGAUGGAUUGGCUCUGAAACGCAAUUACCGGUCUCUUUCCGGCAUUUAAUCUUGCCCGAAAAAAAUAUGCCACCUACCGAGUUGUUGGAUUUACAACCCCUACCCAUUUCCGCCUUAAGAAAUCCUAAAUUUGAAGAAUUCUAUAAAGAGAAAUAUCCCCAAUUCAAUCCCAUACAAACCCAAGUCUUCAAUGCUGUCUACAACAGUGAUGACAAUGUGUUUGUGGGAGCUCCUACGGGCUCAGGAAAAAUGACCAUAGCAGAAUUUGCAAUAAUGCGCUUGUUCUCCCAACAAAGCGAUGGUAGAUGUGUGUACUUGGUAUCGAAAGAAGAUUUGGCCGAUUUAGUAUUUGCCGAUUGGCAUACCAAAUUUGCCCACUUGGGUCUUAAAGUGGUAAAAUUGACGGGUGAGACGGGCACAGAUUUAAAACUACUAGCUAAAGGUCAAUUAAUUAUCACAACAGCCGACAAAUGGGAUGUUUUAUCCAGACGUUGGAAACAGCGUAAGAAUGUACAAAAUAUUCAUUUAUUCAUAGUGGAUGAAUUGCAGCUGGUAGGAGGAGAGGAUGGUCCUGUUUUAGAGGUGGUGUGUUCCAGAAUGCGUUAUAUAUCUUCACAAAUCGAAAAGCAAAUACGUAUAGUGGCUCUAUCAUCCUCACUUGCUGAUGCCAGAGAUGUGGCUCAGUGGUUGGGUUGCAAUACCAAUGCUACUUUCAACUUCCAUCCCAGUGUUAGACCCAUACCGCUGGAACUACACAUACAAGGCUUUAAUAUUACCCACAAUGCAACAAGAAUUGCUUCAAUGUCUAAGCCAGUGUACAAUGCCAUAUUGAAAUACAGUCCCCAUAAGCCAGUAAUCGUGUUUGUGUCCUCCCGCAAACAGGCGCGCCUGACAGCAAUCGAUAUAUUGACUUACUCUGCUUCAGAUUUACAACCCAACCGCUUUUUCCAUGCCGAAGAGGAAGAUAUCAAACCCUUCUUGGAUCGCAUGACAGAUAAGACAUUAAAAGAAACUCUCUCGCAGGGUGUAGCGUAUUUGCAUGAAGGUCUCACCGCUUCGGAUCAUCGUUUGGUAGAACAACUUUUUGAUUCCGGCGCUGUACAGGUGGCUGUAGUGGCCAGGGAUCUUUCCUGGGGCAUGAGUAUCUCGGCUCAUUUAGCCAUUAUUAUGGAUACACAAUUCUACAAUGGUAAAAAUCAUUCAUAUGAAGACUAUCCCAUAACGGAUGUUUUGCAAAUGAUAGGCCGUGCUAAUAGACCCAUUGAAGAUGCUGAUGCUAAAUGUGUUUUAAUGUGCCAGUCAUCGAAGAAGGAUUUCUUUAAGAAAUUCCUUAAUGAACCUCUGCCUAUCGAAAGUCAUUUAGAUCAUCGUCUACAUGAUCACUUCAAUGCUGAAGUUGUUACCAAAACCAUAGAAAACAAACAGGAUGCUGUGGAUUAUCUCACUUGGACUUUCAUAUACAGACGUUUAACACAAAAUCCCAAUUACUACAAUUUACAAGGUGUAACACAUCGUCAUUUAUCCGAUCAUUUGUCGGAAUUGGUAGAGAACACUUUGUCAGAUUUAGAACAAUCCAAAUGUAUAAGCAUUGAAGAUGAUAUGGAUACAUUACCGCUAAAUUUGGGCAUGAUUGCGGCAUAUUAUUAUAUAAAUUACACAACUAUAGAACUUUUCAGUUUGUCAUUGAAUAGCAAAACCAAAGUACGUGGUCUUUUGGAAAUCAUAUCAUCUGCAGCGGAAUAUGAGGAUAUUGUAGUGCGUCAUCAUGAAGAAGGAAUAUUACGAACCUUAUCACAACGCUUACCCAACAAACUAACAGGUCCAAAUGAUACUGCACCCAAAUUCAAUGAUCCACAUAUUAAGACAAAUCUCCUGCUGCAAGCACAUUUAAGUCGUCUACAAUUAGGCCCAGAACUACAGGGCGAUACUGAACUUAUAUUAGGCAAGGCUAUACGUUUAAUACAGGCUUGUGUAGAUGUACUCAGUUCGAAUGGUUGGCUUUCGCCGGCAGUAGCUGCUAUGGAGUUGGCUCAAAUGGCAACGCAAGCUAUGUGGAGUAAGGAUUCAUAUCUCAAACAAUUGCCACACUUUAAUGCUGAUAUCAUUAAGAGAUGUGCCGAGAAGAAAAUCGAAACUGUCUUCGACAUUAUGGAAUUGGAAGAUGAGGAUCGUUCUCGUCUAUUGCAAUUAAGUGAUGCUCAAAUGGCGGAUGUUGCUCGCUUCUGUAAUCGUUAUCCAAAUAUAGAAAUGAACUUUGAGGUAGUUGAUAAAGAACGUAUUAACUCGGGAUCUACAGUUAAUGUGGUGGUACAAUUAGAAAGAGAAGAUGAAAUUGCUGGCCCCGUUAUAGCUCCAUUCUUCCCACAGAAACGCGAAGAAGGCUGGUGGGUUGUUAUCGGUGACUCGAAAACAAAUUCUUUACUCUCUAUCAAACGUCUUACUUUGCAACAAAAGGCCAAAGUUAAACUUGAUUUCGUGGCACCCAGUCCUGGACGUCAUGAUUAUACUCUGUAUUUCAUGAGUGAUUCUUAUUUGGGUUGUGAUCAGGAAUAUAAAUUUAAUAUUGAUGUUGGUGACUUCCAAUCGGAAAGUGAGAGUGAAUCAGAUUAGGUUUGUCAAUGAUUUGAUUUAAAAAGCUGGUUUCUUAUACAUACAUAUUAUUUACAUUUUAAAUUAGCAUAUAGUUGAUAAAUUUGCUAUAAAAAUUACAUUAUAAAGAAAUAAACACAAAUUUCCUUAGAAGAGAUUGUUAUAAAUCUUUUAUUUUUCUUGGGAAAUAAACAAAUUUAUCUGUA